UAAAAGGGAGAGGAAGAGUCAGUGGCUGUCUCACUUCAAUCGACAGUUCAUAUGAUCUCUUUCGAAUCGGUCAUGAUGCCGGGACGUAGCCGUAUGAGAGGAGAGUGUAUACUUUUUCACUCUGGGAGCGAGACCAAAGUUCAAGAAGCUAUUUUGAGUGGUAAACUCUGAAAAGAAAGAUGGAAAGAGGGGAGUUGGAUGAUAAAGAUGGACAAUGUUGAUUGUGUAAUAUCAAUUUAUCGGCCUCAUCAUCGAAAGCGGCUGAACAUUUCUCUCCAAUUCUAAGCUAUGUGGGGGGGCUUAGAUGGUGAGCAAAAAGAAUUGAUCAAGAAGUUGGUCAACUUUCGCAUGAAAGAAGGUAAAAGAACGAAAGUUCGUGUUAUUCUUUCUCAAACUUUGAAUCGCCCAGCUCAAACUGAACGCGAUGGAAUCAAACUUAUGGUUGAGGCCGUAGAGAAUAUAAAGCCCAUAUGCGAAGUCGAAAAAGUCAGAGUAGCAACUACUUUUUAUGGUGUCCCUGGGAUUGUAGCCAAUGAUCGUCAACAAACCUUAGCUAUUCGUUGGAUCUUUGAAGCAGCUUUCAAACGACGUAUAAGCUACAAGAUAAGCUUAGAGAAAUGUUCAUUUGAUGAGAUACUGGAUGCUUACCGAAAGAGGGGAAUUGCACGUAAGAAAAGGGAGAAUCUUCAUAGACUGGCUUCCACCAAUCGAAGUUUCGCGCAUUUCAGAUGGUGGUAAAGUAGAGACCACAUAAUAGAAUAUUCCUCGCUCAAUCAGAUUAUAAAGUAAGAUAUGCUUUGACUCAGCCUCCGCCUUCUUAUAUUUGGAGUCUGAAUAUAGAAAGCCAACCUUCCUAAUACUCUUCCCUUCGUUUGUUGAGUUAGAGGAUAGACUUUCUGAAGGAGGUUCGCGCCUUAUGCAUUGCAUGAAAGAAGCGAACUUUGUAUGACUUCUCUUUUGCCUCAGGCGCAAUAUUGCCGGGAGAUCAAUCAAAAAAUAGGCCAUUCAUUCAGAAGUAGUGGGCCCCUCUUUUUAGUGACUCGGGGAGCUGAUCUGAUAAAUGCACUUCAAAGGGAGGGGAUC